GGUGCACAGUGUGGGGACUCCAGACCCUGGGCACCCUGAGUGGGGAUGGGGUCCCACUGGUGGGCUCUCAGUGGCCCCUCCAACUUCUUUCCAGAAGCAGGUGGGGCAGGGGACCCCGUGGCCCGCCCUGAGUUCGGCUCUGGCUGCCGCAACACUCGUAAAUCAGGGGUGAAGGGGGUGUUGGAAACGGGUCUGCGGAAUGUCUGGAUGAGGCGGGGAGGGGGUAAACCUUAACUCUUGGAGGCACAGCGAGUGGGGCAGAGGAACCAGUCGGAAGACACAGGACAGUGUGUGCUGCGGGACAUGGGGGUCAUCCUGUGGUUACAGCAGCGGCAACGAAGAGGUGAUUCCACCCCCCACCCCCACCUCGGCCCUGCCCUGGCAGUGGGAUAAAUUGAGGGAGUGAGGCCUCCCCACCAUCAAGACCCACCUGUCACCAUGGGCACAGGACGCGUCCUGCUCUGCUCUCUGCUGAUCCUGUCCCUGCGGCUGGGCCUCACUGGGGGCCCUGGUGCUUGGGGGGCUCCAGUAGCAGAGGAAGAGCUCCAAGGGACCCCAAGGCUGCAGCUGGGGGCCCGCCCGCGCCGAGCCCUGGCCACCCCGUGCCAGCUGUGGAGCCUGUCCCUACCCGUGGCCGAGCUGGGUCUGGGCUACGUGUCGGAGGAGACGGUCGUCUUCCGCUACUGUGCAGGCAGCUGCCCCCGUGAUGCGCGCACCCAGCAUGGCCUGACGCUGGCCCACCUGCGGGGCCAGGGCCGAGCCCACGGUGGGCCCUGCUGCCGGCCCACCCGCUACACUGAUGUGGCCUUUCUUGACGACCAUCACCGCUGGCAGUGGCUGCCCCAGCUCUCGGCAGCCGCCUGCAGCUGUGGUGCCUAA